AUGGUGCUGCUGAAGAUGAAGUUCCCCUUUGAGAAGAGGGUGCAGCUGGCACAGGGCCUCUGGCUGCUUUCCUGGCUGGCCACCAUCGGAGCCUCCUUCACCUUCACCCUGGGGUGCUUCCUCAAGACGGAGCUGCGCCGGAGGAGUGAGGUGAUGGACAACACAGAGAUCCACGCCGUGCCCAAUACGCUGAUGAUGGUGGGCCUGGCCUGCAUGGGGAUCAACUUCUUCACCGGGCGGAUCUGCCUGGACGCCCUGGAGCCCGGGCGCUUCCCGCGCUGGAAGACCUUCCUGAAGCCCUUCUUCGGCUUCUCCAUCUUCAUCGCCUCCCUCAUGCUGGUGUCGGUCAUCAUGAGCUACGCCAUGAAGGGCAACCUGGAGUACUCGCUGAAGAUCGGGCUGAAGAACGGCAUCCGCUUCUACAAGGACACGGACACGCCGGGCCGCUGCUUCCAGAAGCAGACCAUCGACAGGCUGCAGAUGGAGUUCCGCUGCUGCGGCAACACCGACUUCAAGGACUGGUUUGAGGUGCAGUGGAUCAGCAACCGCUACCUGGACUUCAGCACGAAGGAUGUUAAGGACCGGAUCAAGAGCAAUGUGGACGGGCGCUACCUAGUGGACGGGGUGCCCUUCAGCUGCUGCAACCCCAGCUCCCCCAGGCCCUGCAUCCAGGAACACCUCACCAACAACUCCGCGCACUACAACUACGAUUACCAGACCGAGGAGCUCAACAUCUACAUCCGUGGCUGUAGGGAGGCUCUGGUCAACUACUACAUGGGUCUGAUGAACAGCAUCGGCGCAGGAGUGCUGUCCAUCUUCCUGGUCCAGGCAUCAGUGCUGGUGAGCCUGCGGUACCUGCAGACAUCCAUGGACGCUCUGGCCGGGCAGGAGAACAAUGAAAUAGAGACUGAGGGGUACUUACUGGAGAAAGGGGUGAAAGAGACCAUAAAGGAGUACCUGGACCCUGUCCUCAACGUGCUACUGAUCAACCAAGUGGAUGCGGCGGCAGAGAAAAAAGCAGAGGAGGGCACAUCUGCAACCGUCGCUGAAAAGCCGAAAUAA